AUGGAAUGGCGGCACAAGGGGGAAAUGCAGAGGGAGAAGUCAACCAACGAGGCCCUUGCUUCCUUCGCCUCCUCCCUCACCAGGAAGAUGGCAGAGCUGCAGACAAACCUGAAGCUUGCCGAGCACAAGUCAUCCACCCUCCUCUCGGAGUUGGAGGGGCAGAAAAGCGCCAACUCGAAGCUGAACCAAGAGGCGCAUGAGCUGCGAGAGAUACUGGAGAAGAAGAACAAGUACAUAGACAAGCUGGACUGUGAGAUCGAAGACGCUCGAGGAGAGGCGAGGAGGCUAGCGGAAGUGGUCAACACAUUGCAAGCAGAAAACACUACGCUGAAGAAAAAGAUCGGCUCGUCAUUGCGAGAUUACAAGACAAGGACUGAGGAGCUGGUGAAGGCAAACCUAGAGCUUGAAAGCAUGACAGAGGCCUGCGAGUGCUCAUGGACGGAAGUGAAGGUCUUGAGAAGGAAACUUGAGAACCUAGUGGUUCUGUCUAGGAAGGGUGAGGUGAAAGAUUUGUCUUCUCUUUCGGACGUCGAAUUGUGCGAAAUGAUAAUGGUGGAGAUGAGGUCCUCGCAAGACCGGGAGAGGCAACUCGAAGGCCUCCUCGAACAUUCCCGCACGCUCAAGGAUGUUCUGCAGCAUGAGCUCAACAUGGCCAAGGAAUCCCUGGCGGAGUUCCAAGGCGAACUCCGAGUACAGAGCGAGAUCGGGCAAGAGAAGCUUGAGAACGAGGUGCGAACUCAGAGUCUGAUCAGAGACCUGUCAAGCAAGCUCAAGGAAGCACGUGAAGAAUUGCUCAAGGAAAGAUCGGAGAAAGAGGACGUUUUGCGCAAGCACCAUGUGCUUUUGAGUGAGCUCUCAUACGCAGAGACGGACUUCGCUCGAUCUCUCUCUCCACGGCCUUACGAUAUUUUUUCACAGUGUGUGAAGCAUCCAGUAGAUGACAAGUCGAAGACGUGGCAGCCAGCGAGUCCCAACUCUGAUUGUUGCAACAAGCAUGUAGAGUUGAACUCGGGAUGGCGGGUUCAACCUUCGGAGAAUCUAUCCAGCAAAGAUGUUCAAGGCUGGGCCUUUCAGAAACAAGAGGUUGCAAGGGAAAGGGAGAAGUCGCCUACUACAGCCAACGAGAAAUUCACCAUGUGGCAGAAGAAUGAUUUAGGACGUCAGCUGAGAGACAUACGAAUGCGGCUGACGUCAGCACAAAUAUGA